CGAAGAUGUAAAUGUUGUUUUUUCUCCUGUAUUAUUCUUGCUUUAAAAUCGGUGUUUUUCUGCAGUGUUUCCCAGAGGGAACAGACAUGACGUCUGUGCUGGACUUGUAUUUUCAACUGUGCUCCAUUGAAGUGACCUGCGAAAGUGCCAGCGUCAUGGCAGCCACCCUGGCCAACGGUGGCAUCUGCCCCAUCACAGGCGAGCGCGUGCUGACCCCAGAGGCUGUGAGGAACACCCUGAGUCUCAUGCACUCCUGCGGCAUGUAUGAUUUCUCAGGACAGUUUGCUUUCCAUGUCGGACUGCCUGCAAAGUCUGGAGUGGCAGGGGGCAUCUUGCUAGUUGUGCCCAACGUGAUGGGCAUCGUGUGCUGGUCACCACCCCUCGACAAGCUUGGCAACUCAGUGAGAGGAAUCCAGUUUUGCACGGACCUGGUCGAGCUUUUUAACUUUCACAACUAUGACAACCUGAGGCACUUUGCCAAGAAGCACGAUCCUCGCAGAGAGGGAGGGGACCAGAGGGUCAAAUCCGUCAUCAACCUGCUGUUCGCUGCCUUCACAGGAGACGUAUCUGCUCUGAGGAGGUUUGCUUUGUCAUCCAUGGACAUGGAGCAG